AAUUGAAUGUCUUUGAAAAUUUAAUACAGAAAUCAUGACCAAUAAAUAUAAACACAAUAACAUGUGGAACGCAAAUAGCACUGAAAUAGAAAACGAAGUCAAACUAAGUGUUAUAUACUGUACUGUACUUGAGUUAUAGACGUAUAUAUGGAAUUAAACGCUUGUUUAUAAUUACACCUAACAAAUCGAAAGUGUAAAAUAUGAGUAGAAAAAAAUAAACAAUUUAUUUAUAUCGUGAUUAAAUAAGAAAUAAAUAUCUACACUUUAGACACUUAUCUUGAUAGUGAACUUAAUACUGGAUGGGUUCUGAGUUUUCGCACGAGACCUACGUGUCGGAUACAAAGGAUUUUAAAGAUGGCUGUCGGUACUGGGCGGACUUUGACAGUGAACCGUUCUCCGCAGGGACGUUCCGCCUCGCGUUCCGAGGGAAUGUUCACGGGUCUGGCCCGCGGGACGGGAGCCACUGCGUCACCAAAGUGUUCAUGAAGGAUACAGAGUAUAAUACCUACUUUGCAGACUGGGUCCCGGACUUUCAUGCCAGUGUUAAGGCGGCCCGGUUUGCGGAGAUAUUCACACAGAAUGUGCUGCCCUCCUUGAAGGGCCUCAUCUCCACGACGAAGAUUGAGUUUGUCAUCCCCCUGCUUGCCAAGAUGGAUUCACUCUCACAUUUUAAGGUUCUUGGUCUGUUCCCUGUGAAGGAAGACCGCAGCUAUCUUCUCCCUAAAGAGUACGUGGGGAUCGAGCCUUACCUGGAGGGGAAGUUUGAGAAGUUCAACUCUAACGGAGGCUACGAGGACAACACGGCGGCCGUGUUAAAUACGUUCUCUCACUGGACGUGGCACGUUAGCGGACACCAAUAUCUCGUCUGUGAUCUUCAAGGCGUAAGAAAUGGCAGCCAGUACCAGCUGACGGACCCAUGCAUUCACUCCAAGGACAGCCGGUACGGGAUGACGGACCUGGGGGUUGUCGGCAUGGAGCAGGUGCUCGCCAGCCACAAGUGUAACAACCUCUGCGACCGUCUCGCCCUCUCAAACCCCCUUGCGGAUAUCGCCGUGCACGUGCCAGGCCACAAAAUCAGGCACACGACCUACAACUUCCAGCUGGAAGAUGGAGAUAUUGUUCGCGCAAACGAUGGACGAACUCCUUAUUUUUCUUUUCGGGAUCCAAUUGUUCACUGAUAAAUGGCGAUUGUGUGACACAAUUUAGUUUCUACAAAUGAUUUACUAAUCCUAAAUCGUCAAAAAUGGUAUUACACUUAUAUGUUGUUAACAAAAUAGCCCGUUGUGUUUUUAUUAUAGCCCGUUUCGUUUUUAUAUAGCUCUUCAUAUAUUUUGCCACAUUUUUCAUGGUCAUCCUCAUUCAUAUUGUAUUGAAAACGUUUUAUACUCUGAUUUAUACCUUUGUUUUUCAUAAAUUAUUCUAUCAAGUUUGGUAUCAUGUGACUUGUCGCGAGUUGCCGUAAAUCGUCGUGAGCUUCCGUGAUCUGUCGUGGAUGUUCGUGAAUAGUCGUGAGUUGACGGAUAUUUUCGUGAAUUGUCGCGAGUUGCAGUGAAUCGUCGUGAGGUUCCGUGAGCUGUCGCGAGUUGCCAUGAAUCGUCGUGAGUUUCCGUGAGUUGACGUGAAUCGUCGUGAGUUGUCGUGGAUUGUCGUGAUCGACCACUGUCCGUCGCGUUACGAAUGAUCUCAGCUCUCCGAUACCGCUUACAAACCAACUUCUUGAAAUUGUCUAAGGGAUCUUUUCAAUAAUAUUGUCCAUUCAAUGAACGACAAGGUUGCUGAAGUUUACAUUAUCAGAUAUAUCGAGACAUUCUUUGAAAGAACAAAUUCAUUGUGGAACUACUUCUGUCCAGACUGUCCUUGCCCUGGCAGGGAAUUCAUAGUUCGGGUCAGCGUAUGACUAAAAAUCUCAGUCGUUAUUCUGUAUGGACGUCACCGUAAUUUUUUCUCGAUUUCCUUGAACUUAUUUUAACUUUUUUUAGAAGAAACUCAAAAACCUUUGAAUUUGUUGUUGCCGGUUGAUUAAUAUGACAAGUUUUAUACGUGUUUAUACUAAAUGAAUACAUGUUCAUGUAAUAGUAAUUGUGAUAUUAUUUUAGUAUGGUACUAUUAUAUAUAAUGCAUAUUUACAUAUGUUAAGGGAAAACAGAAUAAUUAUGAACUAAAUGCAAUAUAAACUGUGUUGAUAAUCAAUACCACUUCAUACUUGUAUGUCUAUUUUAUCGUGAGCUAAGACCAUCUCACUUGUCUAUUAAGUAAAAUGCAUGUUGGCCAUGUUUGUUCAAAUUUGUAAAAUUAUUGUCAACAACAAAUGUAAAUAUCAUUAACAAAAUUGAAAAUUAUUUAUAUCAAGCUUUAAAACGGCGAGGACAAUACUCUUUCAUACUGAUAAAAUACUUAAAUACGGAUAUGCUUAAUUUUAAAGAUGAUCUUAUAAACCCUUAUAAUUUGUAUACUUGUUUCCAUAAUAUUAUGCUAGUAUAAUUAUGUUAAAUAAAUGCUGAUUUAUUGUAAAUUUCACCAGCAUGCUUGUUUGUUAAGUGUUAUUGCAAUGCAUUUAAUGUAUUUGCCAAUAAAUGUUUUACUUCAACUGACUUGA